AUGAAGAGCAUGCCAAACCCAAGAAAAUGCGCGUGGAGAAAAUUUGCAUUCAUCGUGGCAUUCUUUUUCAUCGGUUUCAUCGAGAUGGGAGUCGUCAAGAGUUUUGGCGUGAUCAUCGCCGAGGUCGUCUUCCAAAUGAAUUCUGACCUCUGGACGGUUGGAUUUAUCUUUGGGGCGUACAACGGCCUAACAUAUCUACUCGGACCUUUUAUCUUACCGUCGUUAAAGUACCUGGGUUUGAAACAAUCGUCUGCAAUUGGUAUGAUUGGUGGACUUUGUCUGGCAGCUUCUUCAUUUACAUCAAAUAUAGCUCAGCUAGCAACCUGUUUUGUAAUCUCAGGUUUUUCCUUGUCAUUUGUCAUUUCCAAGGCACUUAUUCAGUUCAACACUUUCAUGUCGUCUGAGGACUUCGCGUUAUUUCUUGGAAUUACAGAUACGGGAUCACCAAUGGGAAUGAUUCUCCUUCCCAUCCUGGCUGAAUUUUUAAAAGAGACGUAUGGGUGGAGAGGCUGCAUGCUCCUUCUUGGUGGAAUCUUUCUCUACGCACCGGCGUCACUGUUGGUGAUGGCAGGCAGAAAAGAAGAUCCAGGAGAUACUUCUGAAAGGAUACAUGUAGAUAAAAAGGACAAGAAUUCAAAUGAAAAUAAUGUGAAUCUGCAGGCCGAGAAAGGUUCAAGUAUUGAUCUACUAAAAGGUCAAAGUUAUCAAGAAAUGGCGGACCAAGUAUCAGGCUUCCAGCAGACAAAGAAAGCUCAGGAAAGUCAGGAUACUGUCGGCACAAUUAAAAACGUUGGCUUUCGGGAACCUUCUCCUACAGCAUCGCUUUCAUGAUCCUUGGUGGAUUGGAAAUCAUAUGUACUAUCUUCUUGCUACCAACUCAAUACGCAUUGAAUCAAAGAAGUGAUCAUGAGGAAUGAUAACGAAUCAAAGUUUUCAUUGGGAACUAGGAUUCCAAAGAUAUAGCUUACAGUACUAAUACUUGAACUAAAAUUAUAUUAGACUCGCAAGAUAUUGCAGAUUUGCAACAGGGUUUUGAUGGCGUAGAGAAAUUAUAGUUAUCUAUAACCCGCUAAAGACAUCCCCAGCCAUAUUGUGCCCCUUGUAAAGGAACUCAAAGGGGAAAAUCACCGUCAAGAAAAGUUUGUUGUAAAAAUAGCAGAAAAAAUAAUUAAAAAUAUGGGUGAAGGUCUGAGGAAAAUCCAUUGAAGAUUAAGAAAGUUAUUAGAAUUUUAGGUUAUUGGAUUUGUCACGUCAUAAACGAGCAGCUGCCCAAUAUGUUAAUGAAAUAUAAAGUGCAUAAUUUUCACUUUUUGAAUGGUUCCUUGUGACUUAUUUUUGUUUUCUUUUUAAGAACGGUUGUGAAAUUGUUUUUCUAUUCAUAUACUUAAUGUACAGUAAUAACCAUUUUCAAUUAUCUGAGAAAAUGACAUUUCAUUUUUUUUUUUUUACCAUUUGAUAUGUAGGAAAGAUUCUCGCAUAUGACGUCACAAAUCGAAUAAUUAAAAUUCUAAUAUUUUUUUUUAUUCUUUGAUGGAUUUGUGUCAAACCUUCUGCAAUAUUUAUUGUUAUUUUUUCUGCUAUUUUUACAACAAACUUGUUGUCUGUGUGAACUUCCCCUUUAAGUAUUUUUAGUCUUUACAACUGAUUUAGUGCAUUAUAUAUUUAUUGUUGCAACUUAUUUCAUUAUAAGGGAGACAUACUAUUCACACAAGAAUGAAAUAAUGGAAAAAAUAUGAUUUUAUGUAAUAACAUAAGAAAACGGAAAGUGGGGAUGUGACAUCAUCAGCCAACCUAAUGAAUAUCCAUGACGACUGUUUUAACAAAAUAUUGCCAAACUUUAAACUUCAAUAACUUUAUUAUUUGUUAUCCGAUUUUGAUGAAAUUUUCGGCAUUUUGUUCAGUAAAUUCUACUCUAUGUAUUAAGAUAUAAAUAUUUUCAGCCCGGACCAUCCCUUUAAGUUAUUAUUUUCUCUUGAUCGUGGGAAAUUUCAAAGGAAGUAUGAAUCUUUACUGUUCAAAUUAAUCAUUAGAAAUAGUAUAUAUGAUUUUGUUUAUUUUGAUAUAGUAACCACAAGCAGUUAAUCAGGGCUGUGGCGUGUGAUACGUCGAAACUAAACAAACCCAAGAAUCAGACCGAGUCUAUAGUGUGUUGAUGUGUGCACAAUGAGACUGGUUCAAUCUGCAAUUUAAUAACAGAAUAAACAAUACUUGUAUAAGCUGAAUUGACAACAUGUCAUGACACAUAUAAAUAAUGUCUACAGAUUUCCAAACAGGCAAAUAACGUUGACUUGCAUUAAAACUUAAAUUAUUCAACAACCAAGAAUGACCUUAACAUGUUUGAAGGUCAUAUCAAGUAUAAGCAUACUGUAAACGUCAUGUAUUGCUUAAUGCACCCUAAAUUCACCUUUUUGUAAAAAUAGUUUUCAUAAUAAAAUAAAUCAACUACGACUCUAAAUGCAUUUCUAUUUACUUUAUGUUUACAUGGUUUAUGACAAUUUCAAUGCAUCCGUCACGUGCCCGAAGGCGCCAAAUUCAAGUUGCUUGCCUUACAUACACCGCCACGUACGCUUUCUAUUACGUAAUGCAUGCAUGUACACGUAUACGAAGUGUUUCAAUCAUGACUUUCACUACAUAACUUCGACACAUUAAUUCCUAAUAACUUAAACCAUAUUUCAGCGUGCCACUCGGCUUAUCUGAUAAUAUAACUAAUAAACUUCAAAAUAAACAAAAUAAUACUUACGUCAUUGGGCUUGUAUCACGAAAUUAGAUAAAUUUAACAACUAUACGGACAAGCGACACGCUUUCCAUGACUGUACAAAAAACAAUACGCCCUCAAUCGGUGAAUUCAGAUCUAAAUAAAAAUCGAUUUACGAGAUAAAACAAAACAGUAUCAAAGCAAAUUAGAAAUUACUAAAAACCUUAUCCUGUACACGACAAGGGCCAUAAGAACCAUGCAUGUUAUAACAGUUAGAGAUAAAGUAAAAAACUACAGCGUCCGACAUGAUCUUGUAUUACCAGUCCUAUACCUGUCUAAUCUAUUAUAUUAGUGAAGUUUGUGGUUGCAAAAACACUAAUCACGUAUCAAUUUCUUAUAGAGCUAGAUUGAAUGUGAGUAAUCAAUUUUGAAUAAUAUUAAAUCAAAUAUGAUUUUUUUUUCCAUGAAGGAUGCUGUCUAUUUAGGUAUUUGAACAGAAACAAAAGAUCAGCAAACUACCAUUUUUUCACCAAUAAUUUAUAUGUUUUAUUAAAUCAAUGAAAUCAUGGAAUAUACAAGAAGUAAAUGAAAGGGCGAUUAUAAAGAAAGCCAAAUAGGCUUACAAAGUUGUAAAGAAAAAAUAAUGAGCACAUAUAUAUUGACUUGCAUACGUGUGCAUCUUAAAAUGAAAUAUUUUAUGUGAGCAGCCAGUGCAGCCUGCCCACUCUGACCAGAAAUAUUGGCAGUUAUUUUCAGUUCCAUUAUCUACAGAUUUAUAGUAAUGCAUAUAAAAAUAUAUAUUGGCAUAUUACGAUAGUAUUACGACAGUAAAACACACAUGAAUAUAUUAUGCUUCCAUAUUUUUAAAUGGAUGGAGAGCCUUUUUAAAGACUUGUAAUCCUACAGUUAUAAUUUAUUAAUGUUCAAUCCAUAAUCCAUAUCCAUAAUUCUAAAUGGUAAAAAAAUGUUGUGAGUAUCCCGUAUCAAAAUGAUGAAAACAAACUGCUGCCAACUAAUAAACAAAAUAUAUAAACAACAUAAACAGCUCCAUAUCAGUGGUUAUAUAUACCAAGUAAAAUGAUUGGAAACAUAAGCAAAUUCCCCCCCCCCCCCCG